AUGAUUAGAGAAGAACAGGUAUUCAUUGGUUCACAUUUAUUUCCACCACCCUAUUGUAUUGAAAAUUCAUUAAAAAAAUUAGUUGAUAUGUAUAAUGUAUUAAAAUUAAAUGGCACAGAUAGAAUAGUUUUAUCUUCUUGGUUAAUGUAUCAAUUAUUGGCACUUCAUCCUUUUUCUGAUGGUACUGGUCGUUUAUCUCGUCAUUUUUGUAGUUGGUCAUUGCUUUCAAAUGGUUCAAUAUUACCAAUUUCUUUUGGUAAUGUAAAAGGUGUAAAUAAAGGUCAUAAAACUUUGAUUGUGUGUGUUCAGAAUUCAAGAUCAAAUGUAGGUAUUCCAAGUGCCCUUUCAACUAGAAUUCUUUUAUCUCUUUUUAAUUCAUUAAAUAAUUUAGAUUCAAAACAAAAACAAUAA